GCGGAGAGCCGAGCGGCGGCGGUGCGGAGCAGAGCGCGGCGAGCGAGCGCGGCGCACAGAGCUGGGGCGCCGCGGGCUGCCUGCGGCGUAGCUGGCCCGGCGCGGCGCGGCGACUCCUCUCGGGCUGGCGGGGGCGGCCGCGAGCCCCCGGGCCCCCGGCCGCGGCUCCCUGCGCGCUCCGGGCUUUCGCAACUCGGGAGCAAAGUUUGGGGGAGGAAACGCCAAGCCCGGGUUCUUUCUUCCCCUCGCUCCCCAAACCCGAGGGCCGCCGCGGCGUCAUGCCCGCGCUCCUCCGCAGCCUGGGGUGCGCGUGAAGCCGCGGAGCCCUUGCGCCACCCGGGACCCGAGGGCCGCUUUCUUUUUGGAGUUUUCUCCCAGAUCUGGUCGCUGGCUCCAUCCCGACCCACGCCGGGCUCCGGGACAGCUCCGACCGAGGAGGAGCGUUGCCAUUCAAGUGGCUGCUGCAGUCGCAGCACAGCAGCGAGCCCCGCCGCAGUGCCCUGCCUGCUGAGCCCCCCGUGGGCCGAGGCGCUGCAGGCGGUCCAUGCUCCAGGAGGAAGUGUGCAGAUGGGAUUAACGUCCACAUGGAGAUAUGGAAGAGGACUGGGGAUUGGCACCGUAACCAUGGUCAACUGGGGUCGGUUCAUCUGCCUGGUCGUGGUCACCAUGGCAACCUUGUCCCGGGCCCGGCCCUCCUUCAAUUUAGUUGAGGAUACCACGUUAGAGCCGGAAGAGCCACCAACCAAAUACCAAAUCUCCCAACCAGAAGUGUACGUGGCCGCGCCAGGGGAGGCGCUAGAGCUGCGCUGCCUGUUGAAAGAUGCCGCCGUGAUCAGUUGGACUAAGGAUGGGGUUCACUUGGGGCCCAGCAAUAGGACAGUGCUUAUUGGGGAGUACUUGCAGGUCAAAGGCGCCACACCUAGAGACUCCGGCCUCUAUGCUUGUUCUGCCGCUAGGACUGUAGACAGUGAAACUUGGUACUUCAUGGUGAAUGUCACAGAUGCCCUCUCGUCCGGAGAUGACGAGGACGACACAGACGCCUCUGAAGACUUGGUCAGUGAGAGCAGUAACAACAAGAGGGCGCCCUACUGGACCAACACGGAGAAGAUGGAGAAGAGACUGCACGCAGUCCCCGCGGCCAACACGGUCAAGUUCCGCUGUCCAGCUGGGGGGAGCCCAACACCCACCAUGAGGUGGCUGAAGAACGGGAAGGAGUUUAAGCAGGAACACCGCAUUGGAGGCUACAAGGUACGAAACCAGCAUUGGAGUCUUAUUAUGGAAAGCGUGGUCCCGUCCGACAAAGGCAAUUACACGUGUGUGGUGGAGAACGAGUACGGGUCCAUCAACCACACCUACCACCUCGACGUCGUUGAGCGGUCGCCACACCGGCCCAUCCUGCAGGCUGGGCUGCCGGCGAAUGCCUCCACGGUGGUCGGAGGGGAUGUGGAGUUUGUGUGCAAAGUGUACAGCGACGCCCAGCCCCACAUCCAGUGGAUCAAGCAUGUCGAGAAGAACGGCAGUAAAUAUGGGCCCGAUGGGCUGCCCUACCUCAAGGUUCUAAAGGCUGCCGGUGUUAACACCACGGACAAAGAGAUUGAGGUUCUCUAUAUUCGGAAUGUAACUUUUGAGGAUGCUGGGGAAUAUACGUGCUUGGCGGGUAAUUCUAUUGGGAUAUCCUUUCACUCUGCAUGGUUGACAGUUCUGCCAGCUCCUGUAAGAGAAAAGGAGAUCACAGCUUCCCCAGAUUACCUGGAGAUAGCCAUUUACUGCAUAGGGGUCUUCCUCAUUGCCUGCAUGGUGGUGACAGUCAUCCUGUGCCGAAUGAAGACCACCACCAAGAAGCCGGACUUCAGCAGCCAGCCUGCAGUGCACAAGCUGACCAAGCGCAUCCCCCUGCGGAGACAGGUUUCCGCAGAGUCCAGCUCCUCCAUGAACUCCAAUACCCCGCUGGUGAGGAUAACGACUCGUCUGUCCUCGGCCGCUGACACCCCAAUGCUGGCAGGGGUCUCGGAGUACGAGCUGCCAGAGGACCCAAAAUGGGAGUUCCCCAGAGAUAAGCUGACGCUGGGCAAACCCCUGGGGGAAGGUUGCUUUGGGCAAGUGGUCAUGGCUGAAGCAGUGGGCAUCGACAAAGACAAGCCCAAGGAGGCGGUCACCGUGGCAGUGAAGAUGCUGAAAGAUGAUGCCACGGAAAAGGACCUUUCUGAUCUGGUGUCAGAGAUGGAGAUGAUGAAGAUGAUUGGAAAACACAAAAAUAUCAUUAACCUUCUUGGAGCUUGCACACAGGACGGGCCACUCUAUGUCAUAGUCGAGUACGCUUCGAAAGGCAACCUCCGGGAGUACCUCCGAGCCCGCAGGCCGCCCGGCAUGGAGUACUCCUAUGACAUCAACCGCGUGCCCGAGGAGCAGAUGACCUUCAAGGACCUGGUGUCCUGCACCUACCAGCUGGCCAGAGGCAUGGAGUACUUGGCUUCCCAAAAAUGCAUUCAUCGGGAUUUAGCAGCCAGAAACGUAUUGGUAACAGAAAACAAUGUGAUGAAAAUAGCAGACUUUGGACUGGCCAGAGACAUCAACAAUAUAGACUAUUACAAGAAGACCACGAAUGGGCGGCUUCCUGUCAAGUGGAUGGCUCCCGAAGCCCUUUUUGACAGAGUGUACACACACCAGAGUGACGUCUGGUCCUUCGGGGUGUUAAUGUGGGAGAUCUUCACCUUAGGGGGCUCGCCCUACCCAGGGAUUCCCGUGGAGGAACUUUUUAAGCUGCUGAAGGAAGGACACAGGAUGGAUAAGCCAGCCAACUGCACCAAUGAGCUGUACAUGAUGAUGAGGGACUGCUGGCACGCUGUGCCCUCACAGAGACCGACGUUCAAGCAGUUGGUGGAGGACCUGGAUCGAAUCCUCACUCUCACAACCAAUGAGGACUACUUGGACCUCAGUCAGCCUCUCGAGCAGUAUUCUCCUAGUUACCCCGACACAAGGAGCUCUUGUUCUUCAGGGGAUGACUCUGUGUUUUCUCCGGACCCCAUGCCUUACGAACCUUGCCUGCCUCAGUUUCCACACAUAAACGGCAGCAUUAAAACAUGAACGAGUGUGUCUUCCUGUCCCUGGACAGGGCAGCGCCAGGAACCUACCUACACUGAGCAGGCAGGCCUUGCCUCCCAGGGCCUGUUGUCUCUGCUUGUAUAUAUGGAUCAGAGGAGUAAAUAAUUGGAAAAGGAAUCGGCACACGUGUAAAGGUUUAUACAUCUGAAAACUUACCACCUUCGCCAGGAGGAGGAUGUUUCUGGAGCAGUGGACAGCCACGAGCCACUGCCCCCUCACCCCGACCCACUGUGGGUACUGCUGUGCCCCAUCGGACUCAAGGCAGACACACGUUCUGCCUUCCUUGUUAAUUUUGUAAUAAUUGGAGAAAAUAUAUGUCAGCACACACUUACAGAGCACAAAUGCAGUAUAUAGGUGCUGGAUGUAUGUAAAUAUAUUCAAAUUAUGUAUAAAUAUAUAUUAUAUAUUUACAAGGAAUUAUUUUUUGUAUUGAUUUUAAAUGGAUGUCCCAAUACACCUAGAAAAUUGGUCUCUCCUUUUUUUUUUUUUUUAAAUAGUUAUUUGCUAAAUGCUGUUCUUAUACAGAAUUUCUUAAUUUUCACCAAGCAGAGGUGGGAAAAAUACUUUUGCUUUCAGGGAAAAUGGUAUAACAUUAAUUUAUUAAUGGAUUGGUAAUAUACAAAAGCAAUUAAUCAUUUAUAGUUUUUUUUUUUUUUGUAAUUUAAGUGGCAUUUCUAUGUGGGCAGCACAGCGGACUAGUUAAUCUAUUGCUUGGACUUAACUAGUUAUCAGAUCCUAUGAGAACAGAAAUAUUUACAAUAUAUGACUAACUUGGGGGAAAUGGAAGUUUUUGAUUUAUUUGUGUUUAAACUCUGCUGUCAGAUAAUUUUAUGCUUAAACCACCUGAAUGCCCAUAUUACAGGAACCUGUUCAUAGGAAGGUGUUUGGUGUUGGUGUGCAGCUCUGUCUUUGGCCGGCGCUGCAUUUAGCUGGAUUUCCCUAGACAAAUGGUACCAGCGCCCUUGCUCAAAGGUGCCUUAAUCCAUUCCUCGAGGACAGACUUCAGCUGGAGCCCCAGGAGGACGGGUUCUCUGCGGCAGCUGGCCUUCUGCCCUUGAGUUGUGCAUCUGUCAGAUGAGUCUGCAUCCUCCUCAGUGAGUUUUGAUAAUGGCUUCCAGGUUCUUUGGCAUCAGAGAAGCCUUUUAGGAUCUUCAAAGAACUAUCAUAGAAAAUGGAAACACAGGAAUGCUCUGCUGAGAGUCGGGGGCUGCUUCCAUCUUAAGGGUUUGCUUCCGUCUGCUGCUGACAAGACCUCACCUCAAGAUCCGGCCCAUCAGACAGAAGAGCUCCGUCUUGUUCAUUCUGUGUUAAAGUAUUGUGUUUUGCUUUCAGAUCACCCACUCACUUUGCUAUAGCCAUGCAACAUGAAUGCAGAAGACACUGAUUUUAUGUGUUACGAAAUUGGAGAAAGUAUUUAAUAAAACCUGUUAAUUUUUAUACUGACAAUAAAAAUGUUUCUACAGAUAUUAAUGUUAACAAGACAAAAUAAAUGUCACGCAGCUUAUUUUUUUAA